GGCUUAUUCCACCAAUCCCCUUAGAUGAUCCCCUGCGCAGGGGAUUUGUAAACUUUUUGUCCACAAAUCCCCUUCGCAUAGCCGCAAGGGGAUUUCUAGACUAGAAGUCUACAAAUCCCCUUAAAAAUAUUUUAAUUUAGGUUUAUAAAUUAAAUACGAUUAUUUUGUUUCAUAAUCACAUUUAUUUUUUAUCUCUAUUAAGAAGUUUAAUGCAACUUCAAAUUUCUUAUAAUAAUAUACUUAUGCAAUAAUUAAAACAUCACAGAAAAUCAUAUUUUCACAUUAAUCUCAGAUUGUUUGACAAUAAUAAUAAACUUACAAAAGUUAAAUCAUCACAGAUAUUAGUAUUUUUAAGUUUAGUUUAUAGCCGAAUAGUCACUAUGUACAGAAAUAUCCACCUUAAGACUAUAGCAAUAAGAUCUAUACGCCGGUUCUGCACAUUUUGUCGGCUUUUGUCUGGUUCUCAAAGGGUUGCGUCCAUUGUUCUAUGAUUCCUGGAAUUAGCUGUGGAAGAGUUUACAAUUUGCAUUUCUUAUCAGUAUGUUGUUGCGUGUUAGUGAGUCAAGUGCACUUUUAUGCGAUUUUUAAUGUAAAAUAUGGCUGGUAGUUCAAGCAAUGCUGGUGGUGUACUGGAGUACAUUAAGAAAAAUAAAUCUACGGUACUUCUACAUGCUGGACAUCAGUACUGUGUAAAAACAAAGAACAAGAAUAAUUCAAUUCUUUGGGAAUGCACACAACGAAAGAAAUCUAAAUGCACUGGAUCCAUUAUUAUUCAAGAUGAACGGAUUAUAAGAGAGAAACAUCACAGUAUUUGUAAACCUGAUUUUGCCGGCAACGAAGUGGCGGUGAGGCUGGCCAACUUAAAAAAUAAAAUAUCGGAUCCGGAAUCACCUGGCAUUCCCACAGCAUACAAUUCAGCAGUGAGCUCCUUAAGUGACACCGGAAUUGAUUUAAUAGCAGCCUUCCCUCGCUUUAAAAACAUAAAAUCAACGUUAUAUAAACAUAAGAAUGCAGCACUUGAUGUAGAUAAAAUUGAAUUCCAAGACCUAGAAAGUGUCCAAGUUCCACAGAGAUACCAGGAUUUUUUAUUAGCUGACUACAGCGAUGAUAAUUGUCGUAUACUUAUAUUCUGCUCUGAAUGGGCGCGACAUUAUAUGAACACAUUAAAAAUCUUCUUUGGAGAUGGGACAUUCUGGAUCUGUACGAAACCCUUCUAUCAACUUUAUACCAUCCAUGGGGAUUUGGGCAGUACAGAGAAAUAUAUUAAUAUUUUACCUUUGGUAUACGUGCUUAUGAGCGGCAAAAGUCAACAAGAAUAUGAAUUAGUUUUUUGUAUGAUCAAGUCUCAACUCCCAGCAUGGAAACCUCAUAUUUUCAAAAGUGAUUUCGAGAACGCUGCAAUGAAUGCAAUGAGGAAUUCAUUUGAAGAUGUCUCAAUAAGUGGCUGCUAUGUCCAUUACAGAGAUGCGAUUUGGCGAAAAGGUAAGCAACUGGGACUAACAAAAAACAAAUUGACGAAAAGACAAGUGGCACUUAGUGCCGUUUUGCCUAUGUUACCACCAGACAAAAUUAUGAACGGUUGGUUUUAUAUUGCCUCCCAAAGUCCUGACGACAACAAAAGUGAACAGUUUAGGCGUUAUAUGUUAACGCAAUGGCUAAAAACCGAUUUUAUUAAAGUAUGGUGCGCAUUCCGUCAACAACACCGUACUAAUAAUUUGGCUGAAGCCUGGCAUAGCAAAAUUAAGAAAAGAAUAGGAAAGAAGAAUCCCAGCCUAAUACGACUUCUUACUGCGCUAACGGAAGAUGCAUCAUUUUACAAUGUCCGCGCAAUGCAGUUUCAUGAUUUUCAGGAUGGAAUAUCAGAGCGAUCACAACAGAGCAUUGAUCGUGAUAUAUUUAUACAGGAAGUGCAAAUGGCACUUAUUAACGGAGAAAUAACAAUUGGGCAUUGUUUAGAGAAACUUCGUUGAUUUGUUAUUACCCUGCAGUCGCCCUCCAGCCGGGAGUCGUGCACUGCUGGACAAAGGCCUCCCCCAUUGACCGCCAUAAGUAAAUCAUAAUAUCUUAUUAGGUAAGUACUCCUAUUAUGUAAGUCUAAGUGUGUAAGUAGUUUUCAACAGUUUAGUUAUAAUUAUUCAUAAUUAUUGUGCCAAUAAUCUGUGAUUAUGGAAGUUAUUAUCGGAGAAAGAAAGUUAAUUUCAAUUAUUCUUAGUUACUUAUUGUAUAUACAUUUUGUGAUGCCACUCAUAUCCUAUUUAUAGUUUUUUCAAAGUAACUAAUAUAUAUCUUCAUUUUGUAAUCUGUGAUUAAUGUGAAAAUGUGAUUAUCUGUGAUGAUUUAACUUUUGUAAGUUUUAAGAAGGUAUAUUAUUAUUGUCAAACAAUCUGAGAUUAAUGUGAAAAUAUGAUUUUCUGUGAUGUUUUAAUUAUUGCAUAAGUAUAUUAUUAUAAGAAAUUGAAGUUGCAUUAAACUUCUUAAUAGAGAUAAAAAAUAAAUGUGAUUAUGAAACAAAAUAAUCGUAUUUAAUUUAUAAACCUAAAUUAAAAUAUUUUUAAGGGGAUUUGUAGACUUCUAGUCUAGAAAUCCCCUUGCGGCUAUGCGAAGGGGAUUUGUGGACAAAAAGUUUACAAAUCCCCUGCGCAGGGGAUCA